UAUAAGGACCUGGGCUACCGUGGUUAGAAAUCAAUCAUGGCAGAAGAAUUGAAGGUCUUUAGGACAUGGUCAAGUCGAUUUUCUUUAAGGGUCGUUUGGGCGCUUCAACUCAAGGGCGUUCCUUUCGAGACCAUAUACGAAGAUCUCUCCAAUAAGAGCUCUUUGCUUCUCCAGUACAAUCCUAUCUAUGAGAAGGUUCCGGUGCUUGUGCACAAUGGAAAGCCAUUAGCCGAGUCGCUUGUGAUUCUUGAAUAUAUUGAGGAGACCUGGAAGCAGACUCCCUUACUUCCUCAAGAUCCUUUUGAACGAGCCACCGCACGCUUUUGGGCAAGAUUUGGAGAUGAUAAGGUUUUACCUUCCGUAUGGAAUGCUUUUAUCAAGCAAGGGAAGGAGCAAGAGGAAGCAAUGGUCUCAGCCCAGGAGAACUUGAAAUAUUUGGAAGAAGAGCUAAGAGGGAAAAAGUUCUUCAGUGGGGAGAAAAUUGGACUUGUAGAUCUUGCGUUUGGUUGGAUUGCUAAUUUGGUUGAUGUACUUGAGGAGGUAAAGGGUGUGACAUUGAUAGAUCAUGAAAACCAUCCCCUGUUAUUGGCAUGGAAGCAGAAUUUCAUGGAUGCUCCAAAAAUCAAAGAAAGCUGGCCAUCUCGAGACAAGCUGAUCACCAGAUACCAUGCUAUGCUUGAAGCCUACACUGCAAAAGAGGCGGCAGCGAAAUGAAAUUGUUUGCCAAGGCCUUCUCUUGAUGUGCCUCUGUGUUGCAGUCCCUAAACGGCAGAGCAAUUGACAUGUUUGAGUUGCUUUACAAGUGUUCGCUUGUUACCUGAAACAUGUUUGCCAAUAAAGGAUUUAUUGUUAUGGAUUAUGCUUAUAAACA